GAACACAGAACUUCUCACCCUGGGGUGCUCUGCCCUGCCGGCCCUGGGACUCCCCAGCUCUGCACCCUGGGGGCCAUGGGAGGCAGCCCCAGCUGGACCCUCACUGCCCUUCUCUGCCUGGGGCUGUGUUGGGGGCUGUGGGACCAGGUCCAGGCAGGGACCCUCCCCAAACCCUCCAUCUGGGCAGAGCCAGGCGCCAUGGUCCCCAAGGGGAGCUGGGUGACCCUGUGGUGUGAGGGGUCCCUGCAGGCUGGUGGCCUCCGUCUGUAUAAAGGGAACGUCUCUGUGGACUGGGAGAAUGACGUCCUGCAGGAAUCCUCAAACAAGACCGGGUUCAUCUUUGAGCCUGUAGUCUCACAUUAUGGGGGGAUGUAUCGGUGUGGCCCCCUCAACCCCAGCUCCUCCUCAGAGCUCAGUGAGCCCCUGGUCCUGGUAGUGACAGGAGUGCUCCCCCCACCCUCCCUCUCAGCCCAGCGGAGCCCUGUGGUGGAGGCAGGAGGGAGGAUGACCCUCUCCUGCAGCUCAGAGACAUCAUCGGGCACUUUCCACCAUCUGAAGGAGGAUGGCACUGACCCACCCCUCCACAUGGAACAGCGACCUUCCCCUGGGAGACCCCAGGUCCUCUUCCCUGUGGGCCCCGUGAACGCCUCUCACGGGGGCACCUACAGGUGCUACUGCUCCUCCAGCUCCUACCCCCAGCAGUGGUCAGAGCCCAACGACCCCCUGCAUCUCGAGGUCACAGGCGUGUUGGAGGCGCCCUCCCUGGUGGCCCAGCCAGGCCAGCUGGUGCUGACUGGGGACAGCCUGACCCUGCAGUGUCGCUCUCAGGCCGGCUUUGACACAUUCUCCCUGACCAGGGAAGAAAGUCCUUGGGGCCCAGAGCAGCUGGAUGGGCAGCGCAGCCCUGACUUCCCCCUGGGCCCCGUCAACAGCUCCCAUGGGGGCCGGUACCGGUGUCUCGGGAGACACAGCCUGGCCCACGUGUGGUCAGCCCCUAGUGAGCCCCUGGACCUCCUGGUGGCAGGUGCACAUAGCAGGCCCACGCUGUCAGCCCUGCCGGGACCCCGGGUGCCCUGGAGAGGGGACGUGACCCUUCAGUGCCGCUCUGACACCCCUGCUGACACCUUCUGGCUGUCCAAGGAGGGGUCCCCUGCUCCCCCGCAGCUCCUGCAGCUGAGGGACUCAGCUGCUCCCUCUCAGGCCAACUUCACCUUCAGUGCCAUGAGCCAGGAACAGGGGGGCAGCUACAGGUGUUACAGCUCCCUCAGCAGUGCCCCCCACCUGCUGUCCCUCCCCAGUGCCCCCCUGCAGCUCCUGGUCUCAGGUGAGGCCCCUGGACCAUGUCCUGUGGUGAGAGGGAGUAGCAGCCCUCAACUGGGGGAAGUUGUCAGCAGAAACACCUGUGCUGGGUGGGCGUCCCGGGUGGGUCCAAGCUCCAGGCGAGCUCCUGCUCUGACCUGUGACCUUGCCCACACCUCCAACCCCAUCAGACCACACGGUGGAGAAUGCCGUCCGCAUGGCCGUGGCCGCCUUGGUCCUGGUGGUGCUCGGGGUCCUGCUGUUCCAGGCCCGAUUCACCAGCCAUGAAGAGCCCAGGACGCAGCUGUGAGGAGGCCCGAGGGAGGACAGACUCCAGGGACUGUGCACUUGCCCUGCACAUCAGGGCUCUGACCUCCCAGGGACUUUGGAUGGACUCUCUCCAGGAUGCCUUUGCUUCCCUGACCCUGGCGACCCCUGGGACCCACCACGGGACAGUCCUGCACUGAGCCAUGAGGGUGGCUGACAAAGCUUCAUGUUCAGAAGGUUCUGGAAGAUCAUCUGGGUCCCAAAUCCUGGGAACUGUCACUGAGAACACGGAGCAGUCAGGCUUUUGGCAUGGGGAAACAUGGGCUGUGGGAGAUCUGGAUUAAACCGGUUCUUCCCUCCCACAGUCUGGAUGUGAUGUCUGCCUUCCUUCUGCCCUGGCCUGAGGCUGCAUCACACCUCAGAUUUGCACCCACACC